GCCACAGACACUUGCUUUUUGUACGAAGAGGUUCAACCCAAUGAACAAUCCUGUCUGUAGUUCCCAAAAUAAGCCAGUGGGAGAGGGAUCGCAGAGUAACCCAGGGAGAUUUGGAGCAGCGAGGUGCACAGCCACCUGGGUAUAAGUUCUGGGAGCGCUGCUGGACCCCACAGCCUCUAGCUCAAUGUACGUCGACUGCCCGACUGCCUGCCUAACUGACUGAGUCUCACUCCACUGUUACUCGCUCUCUCUCCCUCUCCUGUCCUGCUCCCUCGCUCCUUCCCUCCUACUUUCCACCCUGGACAGGGGGAGCGCACGGAUUGGGAAGGUGUUCCUCAGACCUGUGUCUGGACAGCUUGAAGACGACACGGAGGAUUUUUUUCCCCUUCUCUAAUUGCUCAUCCUCCCUCUCAAUUAGACCAUCUCUGGCAAGUAGCUCGUGGAUGGACUGUUUUUUCUUCUUUUCAUUAAGAGUUAAAUAAAAGCCAAAUAGACACUUUUCUCUACCUGCAUUUGAAAAACUCCAAUUUUUAAAACUUCUUGGAGUUGUUUUUCAUUGGACCGACUCUCUGCCCAGGAUUCAUUGAAUAUCUGAUGCCAUUGCAUCCCAUGGGAGCCCUGCGUGGCUGAAGCAAGGAGGGAGGUUGAAGAGAGACCCACCUGAAGCUCACACCUACCGCUGCCCUUACCCAGUGCUCAACGCCCCCCGAGGAGAGAAAGCUGUUUUCGUGUGACGUCUGAGGCCUGCGAUGCUGAUGACCAUGCUGUUUGCUCCUGCCUGUGUGCUACUGAUGCUGGGAGCGCGCGCCCUUGCUGGAGGCUACCCCCCCAUUACCCACAUGAAGUACAUGCAGCCCAUGAUGAAAGGGCCUAUUGGACCCCCGUUCAGAGAAGGCAAGGGACACUACGUUGAUAUGCCACCCAUGAUGGAGGUCAAGGGGGAACCAGGCCCCCAGGGUAAACCUGGACCAAGAGGCCCUGCUGGGCCAGAAGGAAUGCCAGGCAAACCGGGACUGGGCAAGCCGGGUCUCAAUGGCCAGCCAGGCUCUCAGGGGCCUCCUGGCUAUCCAGGAAUUGGUAAGCCUGGACUUCCAGGUCUUCCGGGAAAGAUUGGACCAAAGGGGAUGCCGGGGCUUAAUGGCGAGGUUGGCCUUCGUGGUGAACCAGGUCUCAGAGGUUCUCCAGGGCAGCCUGGCCUUCCUGGCCCAGCUGGUCUUUCUCUAAAUGGGAAGCCUGGACUUCCAGGCAUGAGAGGGCCCUCUGGGAUUCGGGGUGAACCGGGACAUAAAGGACUUUCUGGGCCACCAGGUGAACCUGGGUUAAAGGGUGAGAAUGGAAAUGGAAAGCCAGGGCCUACAGGCAUAAGGGGUCCUCCUGGGUUGAAAGGUAGUGCAGGACCACCUGGUCUUCCAGGUAUAGGCAAACCAGGUCUUAAAGGGUUGUCUGGAUUGCCUGGUCCUAAAGGUGAUCAAGGAUUCCCAGGGGGACAAGGAGAACCAGGAGAGGCUGGGUCUCCAGGUCUACAAGGUCUGCCAGGACCAGUUGGGUUGGGGAAGCCUGGGCAAGACGGAUUGCCUGGUGGACCAGGUCCACAAGGUCCCAAAGGUGAGUCAGGGCUCAGGGGUCCUCCUGGAUUCCCUGGCAGUGCUGGUUAUGGAAAACCUGGUCCGACUGGGCCUAAAGGAGAAAAGGGCUAUGGUGGGUUACCUGGUCUCCCAGGGGAGAAAGGAGAGCCAGGAAUGCUGGGCCCAAUUGGGGGACAAGGCCUAGAUGGGCAAACAGGACCACCAGGACUUCAAGGCCCAAUGGGACUCCCUGGAAAACAUGGAAUGCCGGGACAGAAGGGAGAUUUUGGGCCCCAGGGCCCUCCAGGACUUCCUGGUCUCAGAGGUGACCAAGGCCCCACUGGGUCCUUUGGAAAACCUGGCAUCCCAGGGGAAAAAGGCAUCCCUGGGCCUAACGGAGCUACUGGAAAACCUGGCCCCAAAGGUGAUGCAGGGCAUAUUGGCCUGCCUGGUAAUCCAGGGUUGACGGGUGUUCCAGGACCUAAAGGAGAGUCAGGGUUUAUAGGAACCCCAGGACCCAGGGGGCAGUCAGGAAUUCCUGGGCUACAGGGGCCCAUGGGUCCCAUGGGGCCACAGGGUGCCCCUGGCGUAAAGGGUGAAUCUGGACUUCCAGGGUCUCCAGGACUUGGACUGUUGGGAGAUAAAGGAGCUAUAGGUCCCCAGGGUCCUCCUGGGAAACCAGGUCCCUCUGGACUCAAUGGUAACCAUGGCCCUCCUGGUCCUCCCGGGCCCCCCGGUCCUCCUGGAAAUGGCCAAGCAGUUGCAGGGCCAACCGAUUCACAGUUGGAAGGGGAUGAAGUACCAGGGGACAGGAAAGGUCCCGCAUACAGUCAAGUCCCACUCUCUGCCUCUGUGGCACCAGCCUUCACAGCGAUCCUCAGCACACCUUUCCCUCCCUCUGCAAUGCCAAUAAAAUUUGACAGGACCCUGUACAAUGGGCAAAAUGCCUACAGCACUGCUACAGGCAUGUUCACUGCUCCUUUAUCUGGUGUCUACUACUUUGCAUACCACAUGCAUGUAAAGGGAACAAGCCUGUGGGUGGCACUGUACAAGAACAAUGUGCCUGCUACUUACACCUAUGAUGAAUACAAGAAAGGCUACAUGGACCAGGCGUCCGGUAGCGCUGUCCUAGAGCUGAAGGAGGGUGACCAAGUGUGGGUCCAAAUGCCGUCGGAUCAGGCAAAUGGCCUCUACUCUACCGAAUACAUUCACUCCUCCUUCUCAGGAUUUCUGCUCUGUCCCACAUAACCCUUCCCUUUCCUUCAUUGUCCUGUAUUGGCACCUCAGAGCAGCCCUAAACCUGAAAUACCUACAGCCAUCACAGAAACACAAAACCAAUGGGACUCUCGAUAUUAUCGGCAUCAUCUGUAUCCGUCUCACCUUCAGCAAUAUCCGCAAAAGAAAAAACUUUGUUUUCAAAAGUAGGGGAAGGACUUUCAUACUGUGUUCUUUGUUUCAUUGCCCUUCAAAUGUGUGUUUUGGGUUGUUUUCAUGAUGGUGUUUUUUUUUAGUUUAUAUUAUAUUAAUUAUUAUAUUGUUAUUAUUUUAUUAUUAUUUGGUCCUUGUUGUUGUUCAUCAGUUUCAGACUAUUAAGUGCCUUACUUUGUAAUGUGCUAGUAACAGACCUUCCCAUGUGACUGCACAUCCUGCCCACAAGCUCUGACAUCACCCGACCCUGGGGGCUGAUUGGUUCCUUUUGGCUGCAGUCACGUCCACCCUCUGUUCCUAUUUAAGACGUGAUACUGGCAAUGCUGACAUAAAGAGCAGUGAUACAACAGCGAAAACAUAGACAGAAUAUAGCAAAACAAGGCAUUCUGUGCUGAAUACUAUUACCUUUCACGUCUCCUUUGUUUGGCCUCUAUAGUACUUGCUAUGUUAAAAUUUUUAAUGGGAUUCAAUCGUUGUUUUAAGAGUGAGAUAUAUAUUUUGACAAUUAGUUUGCAUCUGUAGGGUGCUUAUUUCUUUGCUUCUUUCUGAAUUCAGAUGGCCACCAUUUAAAAUGACCGUUAUCAUUGUUUUUAUUUAUUGAACUGUCCAGAAACGCAAUCCAAGAAAUAAAACCCACAGGUAAAUAUGACCUCACAGUAUUAGACAUUUAAAUUCAAACUACCCUGUUCAAAUGAUGAUACAAGAAAUAUGUAUUUUCUUUGACUUAUCAGACACAAUUAAUUAAAUAAGAUAUCUAUGCAUACAGUCAAUGUUUACAUGCGGUAGAAAAGAUACUGAGAGCAUCUGCUAAAUGGACGUUAAGGACACAACUCAAACUAGAUUAGCCUGUAUCUUUCAAUCAAUCCCAUUUUUCAUAUUUAAAUCACAUCACAGGGACGCAGGCAUCCUCUUCAGACGCUCCCAUCGUGACAGCAAUGCCUUCUAAUGUUAGAACAACGUUUCAUUAAGUUUAGUACUACGUAAACAUUGCGAGUGAGCAAUCUUUGCCGCCAUAAUACGAAAGCAACAUUUCUGACCACAUUUAACCAAAUCUGAUAAAGACGCUGACUAUUUAAUACAAAAUAAGGAUGCAAAUGGCUGGAAAAACCAAAUAAUGCACAUCCACUCCUUCCUUCAAUGGCAGUUUCUAUGCAACUCUCUGUUGCCAGGCAAAUUAGAUAAUUCGUGAAUGAAAUUGUUUCCAUCAAUUUUCAAACCGCCGGGUUUAACAUCGCAGAAUAAUUGUUUCACUUUGUGGAACAUCUGUGGCUACAAGGACGAGAUGUCUCUUAGAAGCGAAAUUAUGACAAAAAAUAAACAGCCGGAAAUGAGAAUCAAUCUGCGUUCGCUCCGUGAAUAAGUAAAGGGACCGACUGAGGCCCACAGGUUGUGAAAUACAGGUUGCGUAACAUUUAACAACCCCCUGCCAGAUUUCUCUGAGAGGUGGUGGGGCAGAGGUGAGAGUGGUGUAUUUACUCAUUUCUGUUGGAUGAGGCAUUAAGGGUACAUGCUGUGUUUGCAUGCGUGUGCUUGUAUGUUCUGGUAGGUGUAUCCUUCUGUCUCUCAUUAUGUCAAUAUAUAUGUGUGUGUGUGUGUGUGUGGGGGGGGGGUUCACAUUGUCCCCCUGGCAUUCAAGUCAUGAACACUUCAGCAAGAAUAAUCACAAACUUGAAUGAAGUUACGAAACCUUUGCAAGAGUUUACAGUCCUGUUAAUGUUCCACGUGCAUUUUUCACUCCAAAAACUUUUAGCCUGAUUUCCCACACACACAAUCUUUGCAAAGUAAGGUAAGACGUUAUGACAUAAAUCUGGACGAUGAGAAGAUUGUGGGAGAUGACAUCAACAUAAGUUAACAAAGUCUUAUUUACUAAACAGAUUCCUGGCUGACACCAAACAUUUUUACAAUACGAAUUUACAAUAUCCUGUAUAAAUCUACUACCAUGCUGAGUUUCUAAACAUACACAUUGACUCUUCUGGAAAAGCGACGCCAGGAAAAAGGCCUAAUCAGUAUUUCAAGUAUAUAUGAUUUAAACGGUGCACUUGCUCUGGCCCAUUUCUUCUCACAACAUGAAAAAACUGUUAUGUAUUAAUCUUGUCAUGUGAGUCUACAAACCCAUCCCAGGCUGGUUGUGUACUAAAUGUUCUUCCCUUUUUUCGAUGCCUUCCAUUUUUGGACAUAUGAAAUGUUGAUGUGAGUUACAUGGGGCCAUAACUCUCUGUUUUUGUGUUUUGCUCGCAUGCAAAGAUUGUCCUGCACGCAAAACGGUCAGCGAGUGUCAGUAAGACUCAUGUACCGUCUCGAUCACAAGUUGCUUUGAAGUGUUUUCUAUUUUUAUCUUUAAAAAACAAAAAAUGUGUUUUUUUCUUCUUUUUUGAGUCUUGCUUCGGUUCUUAAGGGAUACUUGUUUGUUUUAGUUUCUGUAAACACAAACGGCCAUUCCCAUUUGCACAUGAAAUUAAUGAAGAUGUAUUAUACAUUUAUGAUAAUUUAAUUUUAGGGAUGCCAAAACCGACCACCGAAGCCUAGAACGUAUAAAUGGUAUUUAACAGCAUUGAUGAGUUAAGAGCAUUUACGACACGUAGUUAGCAUUUUAGAGUUGUUUGUAAAGGAUUAUUUUUUGACUUUUAUUUUUUAUUUGAGUAAUGUAAAAUGUAUCAACUUAUAGGAUUUUUGUUAUGCAAGGCUAUUGCGUUCCCUUUAUGCGAUUAGAAUUUGGGUAUAAAAUGCACUCUUAUUGAUUCAAAAUGUUUGUUUGCUUAUACAAAUCUACAGUACUUGAUUGUAUUGAUACCACAUCAAUAAAAACCUUCUUGUA